CAAGGACACCUCAGGGAUUUUGACUCCUGAUCUUUAUCACCUGACAGGUUCUAGAAGAACCUUUUUUUGCUGGGAAAAGUUCGCUGCAGAAGAAGUGGGACCACAAGAGUCCUGUCAUUGCUCUCCGGUGACAAGUGGGCCUGUUUUUACACCUUCCUUCUAAAUAAGGAAGCAGCCUGACAGACAUAUGACCACCGAGCCAAUUUGGGAGCAGAGUGGACCCCCUCACCACCACCACCCCUCCAUCCCAUCCGGUGACAGCACUCCGUUCCGCCUCGAGCCUACCUGCUGGGAUGUCACCUGGGAUGUCAUAGCCUCGGCGAGGUGGAGUCAGGGGGGGUUCGGUUCGAAUUUAUUCCGAACCAUCAUCAAGAGAGAGGCUGUCAGAGGCAAGAGAGAGAGAGGAAGUGUGUGUGUGAGGGAGAGAGAGGGGCGCGGAGGAGCUGCAAAACAUGGUAAUCACCACCACCAACAUCACCAUCACCUCCAGCUCCGCCGCGCACUCUCCCGUCUCCUCUCCUCCUCCUCCUCCUCGCCGGGGCUGGCGCUUUAUGCCCGGAGCUCUGAUCUGCUCACCAAAAAUAACCCGCAGCCAGCAUGCCGAAGGAAGCAAAACAAGAGGAGCGGUAUUUUUAGGGUCAUUAAUUUCGACCACGUGGCCCGGAGGUAAACCGGAUGGCCGUUGCGCAAAGGCUCCCCGUCAGUAUGUCCUGCGAGGCCGGCGCGCCGCGCUGGACGCUGACCGCGGUGCUUCUCCUGCUGGGCUUUCUGCUGGGGGUCGCGUCGGCGUACCCGCUACCGAGCGGCAGGACGAACGCGACUCUGCUGGAGAGGCGAUGGGAGACCCUCUUCUCCCGCUCCGUGCUGGGGGUCUCCGGGGAGAAACCGGAGCUGAACUGGGAGAGCGACUAUCUGCUGGGCAUCAAAAGAGUGCGGAGGCUCUACUGCAACGUGGGCAUCGGGUUUCACCUUCAGAUCCUCCCCGACGGCAGGAUAAACGGUGUACAUAAUGAGAACCAGUACAGUCUGAUAGAGAUCUCCACGGUGGAGAGAGGAGUGGUGAGCCUGUUCGGGGUGAGGAGCGAGCUGUUUGUCGCAAUGAACAGCCGCGGGAGGUUAUACGGAACGACAGUCUUCCAUGACGAGUGCAAGUUCAAGGAGAGUUUGCUCCCGAACAACUACAACGCCUACGAGUCUCUGGUUUACAGAGGGUCCUACAUAGCACUGAGCAAGCAUGGCCGUGUGAAGAGGGGCAACAAAGCCACUACUGCCAUGACUGUGACGCACUUCCUACCCCGAAUAUGAUGAGGAAAAAAGAAAAAAAACUGGCAAUAACAAAUUUAUUUGCACAUGUGGAUUAUAUCCCAGGUAACACAAAUACAUAUACGUACGUACAAACACAAAAACAACAUGGACUGCUAGAGAAAGAAACACAGUUAUAUCUGAAAAUAUUUAUUCAAACUUUAUAUGUAUAUUUGGGUAGCUGACUUUGUAUUAGAAAUGAUUGAAAUACCAUUCUGUGCUGCUUUUAUAAGUUUUGUCAUCUUUUUUUUUUUUUGUGAUACGAAGAGGA